AUGGCGCUCUCGCGCGUCGUCGCGCGCCCGAGGCGAUGCCGACCGACGCUCUUCGUCCUCGUCGCCGUCGCGUGCGCGACGCUGACGUGGGCGCACCGCGCGGCGUCGAAAGAUGCGAACGCGACGACGUUCGUUCGACCGGACGGCGCGCGCGUGCGCGCGCCGCCGGCGCCGCCGUCCGCGCUCGCGUCGUGGUUCGCGCGAGGGCGAGCGGAGGAUGAUGAUGACGAGACGCGCGCGGUGACGAUCGGCGAGGCGGAGAUGCGGGCGACGUGCGGGGCGUGCGAAGGGAUGGGGGCGUUCGUGCGCGCGGCGGCGGGACGGCGGCGAGACGCGCGCGGAUUGGAGCUGGCGUGCGGCACGGGCACGUUUUUGCGAGAGAUGCGAGAACGAGGGUUUAAGAUAGUGGGCGUCGAUCCGAGAAUCGCGCGCACGCGCGAUCGGGGGGGAGAUUUGGCGGCGAAAGGCGUGGCGACGGCGGCGUCGUUGCGGCGCUUGCCGUAUCGACGAGCGUUUUUCGAUUACGUCGUCGCGUUCGAGACGUUCGGGAAGAUGGAGAUGAAGGCGACGAAAGAAAACGUCGAUCCGGUGAUAAACGAAGCCACGCGCGUGGCGAAGAAAGGGGCGAUGAUGGUGUUCGCGCUGGCGAAGACGCUCGACGGUGGGAGCCCGGUGGGAGACGAAGACGAAACGUAUCAAACGAGGCGGUGGUGGAUGGAUACGUUUUGCGCGCACGGUUGGGUCGAGGACAGAGAGGGAUAUCGAAAGCUCAUAACGAGCGAAGGCUCGUCGUCGAAACGACGCGUCCGUCGCUGGUUCGUGUUGAAGCGCGUGAAGAAGGUGAAAAAACACGGCUCGUGCGCGUGCUUUGUUCCGCCAGGCAAAGACGCCGAGUCGUUUUGCGGAGGCCGAGGACGUCCGAACGCGCGGAAAGAGGUCAAGGCGUUCUGGAAAUCGCUCGGACGGCGACGACACCAAAAACCGCGCGGUUAG